UGUUCCCCUGAAGUGGACGAAUCGGCGUGCGACAUCGCACUCGCCUUCCCGCAGCCUGAUUGGCCGGUUGGCCUUUUAGCGCAGGAAGUGCAUGGGUGUGUUUCCGACUAGGGGAGAGUCAGAACUUGAGACGACGAACUUCCCUGAAGACACCGACGGUGUUCCAACAUACACACAAUGGAGCUGCGGCCACUUGUCAUGUGCUUUGCUCUCUGUGUGGUCUAUGCCACCAGCAAACCAACAGAGAAGAAGGAACGUGUUCACCACGACGAUCCCCUCAGUAACCGGGAGCACGACGAUGCCGAGAACUUUGACUAUGAUCACGAAGCGUUUCUGGGACAGGAGGAGGCCAAGACCUUUGACCAGCUCACACCAGAGGAGAGCAAGGAGAGGCUUGGCAUGUUGGUUGAACGCAUUGAUGAGGAUAAAGAUGGCUUUGUGACGGCAGAGGAGAUGAAGAGGUGGAUCAAACACGCGCAGAAGAGGUGGAUCUAUGAUGAUGUGGAUCGACAGUGGAAGAGUCACGACCUCAACGCGGACGAAGUGGUGUCCUGGGAGGAGUAUAAGAACGCCACAUACGGAUACAUUCUCGAUGACCCCGACCCCGACGAUGGAUUCAGCUACAGGCAGAUGAUGGCUCGCGAUGAGAGAAGAUUUAAAAUGGCCAACCAAGACAAUGACAUGAAAGCCAACAAGGAGGAGUUCACGGCCUUUCUUCACCCCGAGGAGUACGACCACAUGAAAGACAUUGUAGUGCUGGAAACCAUGGAAGACAUCGACAAGAAUGGAGAUGGUUUGAUUGAUCUGGACGAGUACAUAGGUGACAUGUACAAUCAGGAGGGAGACGCUUCAGAACCAGAGUGGGUGAAGACGGAGCGGGAGCAGUUUACUGAAUUCAGAGACAAAAACAAAGACGGAAAAAUGGACAAGGAGGAGACGAGAGACUGGAUCCUGCCAAAUGACUACGACCACGCUGAGGCAGAGGCUAAACAUCUGGUCUAUGAGUCGGACACGGACAAAGAUGGCCGCCUGACCAAGGCAGAAAUCGUGGACAAGUACGACCUGUUCGUAGGCAGCCAGGCUACCGACUUUGGGGAAGCUCUGACUCGACACGACGAGUUCUAAAAAUCCACCCGCCUCCAAAGACUUUGUGUUCAUCUUGUGUUUGCCACCUCACUCCUCCGACUGUAGAUGGGAGUAUUUCAAACGAGAUGAACUCGCCCUAAUCCAACGCCACGAACAAUAAUUUAUUUGAUUUCUUGAAUGUGUCCCAUAUCUACACACACUAAUAUUUUAAGUCAUGUGUAUAUGCUCGGCCAGAGUGGCCUCAUGCUUAGCUGUGUGAAACAUUGGGUUAUAUAUCGCCAGCAUUUGCUCUGCUUCCACCUACGUUCCCUGUCUUGUCUAGGUUAGGCGAAGAACAAACAGUGUUAGAUGACACUUUAUUUUGUUUGAAAUCAUGUUGUUGUUUUUUUAUGAAAUAGCCAUGUUUUUUUAUGAAACUUGUCAGGACAAAACGUUUAUGCUUGCAGUAUACAGAAUAGUUGGUCAUAAAAUUUUUCUGAAGAGUAAAACUUUAUUUGUAGCGAUUUCAAUUUGUCCUAACUCCUCCUUCGAAUCACGUAAUAAGACCCAGUCUUCAGAAUGUUAGUUACAGAUUCAUUUGAACUUUACUGAUCAUUCCUUGUGUAGUACAGGAUGUUUGGAACAAAAAGUAAAUGUUAAAUUCCAGUGACAAUGAAGAUUAUUCGGAUUGGUGCAAUACAGAAUCAUGAGUGGGACCAUGCUGUUUGCUAUACUGGUCCCCACUGGCAUCCAUUUUGACACGAGCAGUGGGUCCUGCAUACAGGCUGGUUGUGCUGUUGAAGGAAUCCAGAUGACUGGACUGAUGGAUGCUUCGUCCUCGAAGCUGCCUCAAUUGUGUGUGCGUGUGAAUCUAUGUGUACAUAGUAUUCCUGAUGACUGACUGACUUCCCCUGUUCUUUGAGGCUACUAACUCAUUUGUGUGCCAAGCUAAAAUCUGUCUGUUUUUUUCGCAAGCAGUUUAAAAACACUUCUUUCCCACCCUUAGAUACGUUUGUUAUUCUUGUAUUAUCACAACCCUUCACCGCCAUUUAUAACCACUGUUGAUACUUUUUAUGCUAUACUGUAAUGUAUAUGACAAUGUUUUUUUACAGGCUCACUGCAGCAACAAGUAUUUCACGAGUGACUUGACUGUAAAUAGGUUGUUGGUCUGCAAACAGAGCACUCUAACAAGCAGGUCCACUUUUUUUGUGAUUGAGAAGAACAUCUCAAUAAAAACAAAUAAAAUUG